UCGAUUUAGCAGUGAUCAGAUUUAGCCGUAGUUUGUUGCGGUCAGGCCAGUUAGCUGCAACCACAACAGCAACUGUGUAGCUGACUUGCUGAAACUCAUUUAAGGAUGACUUCAGUCAUAUCGAAGUUUGUCACAAAGACCCUGUGCGAACACCAGGGCUGCUUAGACUUCAAGCAACUUGAUGAGAAAAUUGCACAGUCUUUCACUGUUGCGCAUCAAGUCCUGCGGAGUGUCGUUUUUGACGAUAGUAAAAUAGCUAUUCAAGAAGGAAAGCAGAAGAUCGUCGGCAGACAAAUAAUCAGCCCGGACAGUCUGAUAGUGGCUAAAACCAGCCUGCGUCUCUGUCAGAAGAAACCCGGAGAGUGUGCACAGUGCAACGGGUUACACCUGUGCCGGUAUUAUGUCUGUGGAGACUGUAAUUUCGGAGCAAAGUGUAACAAACCCCAUAGCCUGGCUUUUCCAUACAAUGCAGCGGUUUUGAAAAUAUAUUGUCUUCAGGACUUGACGGAGAAACAGUUGUUCCAGCUGUUAAUGCAGAAUGAUCCCUAUCUGCUUCCUGAGAUCUGCACACAUUACAACAAAGGCAAUGGUUUGCAUGGUGUCUGCAAAUUCACCACUUCCUGCACCAAGCUCCACAUCUGCCAGCAUUUUCUGCAGGGUGACUGCAGGUUUGGUGCCUCGUGCAAAAGAACCCAUAAUUUGGAUGCCAACGGUACAAAGAGUUUCCGAGGAUUCAGUCAGGAAAAUAUUACAAACCUGCUUCAGAUCUACAGAAAUAAAUUCAUCAUCACGGGUCCACAGGAGAGACAAGCUUCUGCUGUUCCCGGUAAAGACCUUUAAUAACCCCUGACUCAGCAGCCUCCUAAAAACAACACUGGAUCCCCAACUGCUUCUGCUUCUCCAUCUAAAGCCAUAAGUGAUGCAGAAAGAGAUGAAAUCUGUCUCUUCUUCAUUCGCAGACACUGCAGCUUCAACGAAAGGUGUGCUCGUGUCCAUUGGCCCCGGCCUUACAGAUGGCAGGUGUUAGGAAGUGACGGUGUGAGCUGGAAGGACCUGCCUAACAUGGAAGACAUUGAGAAGGCCUACUGUGACCCGGGACAGGACACAAGCUGCAUCGAGCCACCAAUGUCCAACUUAAGCAUUUUUAAAUACCUGGCUCUAACAAGCUCUGCAUCCCCCACUGUGCAGUCAGUAGACUUCAUGACCAUGACAUACGGAAAGUCUCCAGUCCGCCGCCUAUCCACAGCCUCCUCCGUCUCAAAGCCCCCCCAUUUCAUUCUCACCACACAGUGGCUCUGGUACUGGAAGGAUAAAAGCGGGAAAUGGCAGGAGUAUGGACAGGGAGAUGGUGACAAGCCAGCCUCUGUCACCUCUCAGACUCUGGAGAAUGUGUACCUGGCAGACAUAGAUACAGAGAUUGCUUUUGGUGCUGACAAUCACCAGUACAUCCUCUACUUCAAGAGUGCGCUGGGAUCACAGGGGAUGUAUCAGCAGAAUGUCAAAUUUUCAACCAAGAGGGAGGUCAGACGGAGGCCUCUCUUUGUGUCUGGUCAUGACGUGGAGGUGAAGCUAAAGAGUGGAACAUCACCCAGCUCCAGCUCCUCCACAGUUGACAGUUUCCCACCCAACUGGGACAAGUCUGCCAUACUGGAUUUUGGACACAAGCUCGUACUUCUGUCCAAAUCUGGGAAGGAGUAUGAGAUGAUUGAGUCGCUGUUGAAGCGCACGAUGCCAGGGAGUAAAAUCAACAAAAUACAGAGGGUCCAGAACGCCUCUCUGUGGAAAGUCUUUCAGUGGCAGAAGGAGCAGAUGAAGAUGAGGAAUGGAGGAAAAACUGUGAAUGAGCAGUACUUGUUCCACGGCACAGAAGAAUCCCUGAUUGAAGCAAUCUGUGAGCAAAACUUUGACUGGAGGAUGUGCGGGGUCCAUGGCACGGCCUACGGCAAAGGGAGCUACUUUGCCAGAGAUGCUUCAUACUCGGACAGAUAUGCCAGGCUGAAAAAUAACCUGAACAAGACCAUGUUUGUUGCUCUGGUGCUGGUUGGGGAGUACUCCAGGGGGAGGAGCAGCUACGUCCGGCCCCCACCGAAAGGAAAUGGAAAAGACCUCUACGACAGUUGUGUUGACAGCGAGAGCAACCCCAGCAUCUUUGUUGUCUUUGAGAAACAACAGAUCUAUCCCGAGUAUGUUAUCAACUACUCGUGAGUCACAAUGCUGUAGAUUUGGUCCUUGGGGUUAAUCUUUAUUAUGGGAUACUGUGUACUUCAAUGGAAGCUGCGGGUGACUUUGUUAAAGGUUUGCAACACUGGUGGAAGAAGUAUUAAAUGAAAUAUAAUAUUAAAUACAAAUUCAGAUUGACAUUAAAGGUCAUGAUUACCAUAUAAUCAUUUUAUUAACUAAUAUCGAUAAAAUAGUUUGGAGAGAAAGAGUUAAGUAAAUACUAUAUUGGAUUUUCCUGUGACAGUUAAAGUGUGUCCGAAAAUCCUUUCAGAAUGUGUAGAAAAAAGAAAAAAAAAGCUAUUCCUUCACCCAUGUCUAUUCUUGUGUUUAGUGUCUAUAUUUUUUUUGAAAAUGUCUGCUCGACGUCAUUGCUGUGGGUCAAUAGAGGAAGCUGAGGGUCUGGUGUUAUAUGAAAUGAAAUCACCUUGUAAUGUAGAACACAUAUUUCAAAUGACUAUGAAGUAAACAAUGUACAGUAUGUAUAACAGAACAAAUGAAUAAAGAGAGAUGUCCUCUA